AUGCGGGGUCUGUUGGCGCUGGUGGCGGCGCUGAGCUGCGCGGCCCCGCUGGGGAGGGCGGCGGGACCGGCCGGUGCUCUCAGCUCCAACGCUAUCAAGGGACCCCCCCCAGGGGGGGCGGCCGAGGCCAGCGCUGCCCCCGCUGCUCCUUUCGACGGCAGCAACAAGUCACCUCUGGCGGCCACUCGGCAGCCUUUCCCCUGCACCGAGGAUGAGGACUGCGGCCCAGGAGAGUUCUGUGGGGGGGCUGCCCGUGGCGGGGGUGCCCCACUAUGCCUCGCCUGUCGCCGGCGUCGUAAGCGCUGCCUGCGUGAUGCCAUGUGCUGCCCUGGCACCACCUGCAGCAAUGGGCUCUGCACACCCCUGGAGCAUCCCCAUGGUGGCAGUGAGCUGGAUGAGCUGGGCACUGAGGUUCUGCCCCAACGGACGCCUGCCCCUGCCUGGCUGCCCACUGCCAAAGGUGAGGAGGGAGAGUUCUGCCUGCGCUCGUCGGACUGCGGGCCCGGGCUGUGCUGCGCACGCCACUUCUGGUCCAAGAUCUGCAAGCCGGUGCUGCGGGAGGGCCAGGUGUGCACGCGGCACCGGCGGAAGGGUGCCCACGGGCUGGAGCUCUUCCAGCGCUGCCAGUGUGCCGAGGGGCUGGGCUGCCGCCUGCAGCGCCCGCAGGGCCCCGACGCCUCACGCCUGCACACCUGCCAGCGGCUCUGA